GAGGCGCAGAGAUAGCGGUCUUCGGCUGCUCUACAGUGCUUUGUGCGCUCUGGCGGAGACAUUGUGUGUGUCUUAGUGUUCCUGUCCAUUCACCGAAGCCAAGUGGACUGAUCAGACAACAUGUGGGCUGCACGUCCACAAACAGAGCAGGUGCGCCCUGCUCUGGGGCCUGACUGUUAAGUAUGCUGGGUAAGGCUCAACCAACUACGAGUAGCCUCAACCUGGUGAACUCCGAAGUUUCUAACACCACAGCGGCCCCUGACUUACACGACGGUAUCAAGAUGGCCGAACUGGUGGAAAGCUUGGAUGCCAGAGAGCUGGAUAUAGGCGAGGGAGAGGAGAUCGACUAUGAUGGAAACUACAUAGGGGAUUGUCGUAUCCCAUUUUCAGCGGUGUAUGGCACAGUGGGCUUCAAGGAGGCCAGUGCUAAGGUUUACCUUCCCACUGUGCCCAUCACUGUUCGGAUCCUGGAGGUGGAGAGAUUCACCUCUGCUCAGGACCGCUUCAACCUGUCGCAUCACAGGAGCGUCAACAAGUCUCUGCCAGCCGUGUUUAAGAUUGAGCUGAAGCACGGUGAGUUUACCUGGGUGGUGAAGAGGAAGGAGAAACAUUUCAUGGAGCUCCACAGAGAGCUGAGGACAUACAAGACCUUCAUGAGGAUACCGCUGCCAUCACGCAGCCACACAGUGAGGAGAAGGACGGUGAGGAAGAGCGAGGUCAGGGAGAUGCCCUCCUUGCCAAGGGGAGGAGGAGACGAGCUGGUGCGAGACGAGCAGGUCUCCAGCAGGAGGAGACAAUUAGAAGACUAUUUGAACAAGCUGCUGAGGAUGGCCAUGUACCGCAAAUAUCACCAUACUAUGGAGUUUAUUGACAUCAGCCAGCUGUCUUUCAUUCAUGACUUGGGACCCAAAGGACUGGAAGGGAUGAUCUAUAAGCGCUCAGGCGGACAUCGUAUUCCUGGCAUGAAUUGCUGUGGUCAUAGCCAAGCCUGCUACCGCUGGUCCAAACGCUGGCUGGUGGUGAAGGACUCAUGCUUGCUGUACAUGAAGCCAGACUCUGGGGCCAUCUCCUUUGUCCUGCUGGUAGACAAAGAGUUCAGCAUCAAGAUGGACUCCAAAGACACAGAGACCAAACAUGGAGUCCGGAUCGAUAGCCUCUCCAGGACCCUGGUGUUUAAGUGCAGCAGUUACAGGCACGCCCGCUGGUGGGGUCAGAGCAUUGAGAGCUUCGUGAGGAAUCAUGGGAAGGCUUUCCUGCGAGAUCACCGCUUUGGAUCAUUUGCACAGGAACAGGAAAACAUCCCUGCCAAAUGGUAUGUGAAUGGAAAGACUUACAUGGAGGAUGUGGCUGACGCUUUGGAGGAGGCCAAAGAGGAAAUCUUUAUCACUGACUGGUGGUUGAGUCCAGAGAUCUUCUUGAAGAGACCUGUGGUGGAGGGCAACAGGUGGCGACUGGACUGUAUCCUCAAACGCAAAGCACAACAGGGAGUGCACAUCUUUGUGAUGUUGUAUAAGGAGGUGGAGCUUGCACUGGGGAUCAACUCUGGCUACAGCAAGAGGACCCUCAUGCACCUGCACCCCAACAUCAAGGUGAUGCGUCAUCCAGACCACGUCUCCUCCUCCGUUUAUCUGUGGGCACAUCACGAGAAGAUCGUUGUCAUUGACCAAUCAGUGGCUUUCGUGGGUGGGAUCGACCUGGCAUACGGUCGCUGGGACGACAGAGAGCACCGGCUGACGGAUGUCGGCAGUGUGACGCGUUCUGUGGCUCUGGAGCAGGCUGGCUCCACCAAUACUCCAUCCAGUAAAGGCGUGUCCUCUGUUGAUGGCGUCUCCCAGAGCAAUGGACGAGGGACGCCGCCCAGUGAUCCGGUGGACUUGCCCAAGCUGAAGGGGAUUGGUCGCAAUAGGAGGGCUCGUUUCAGUCUGUACAGACACCUGCAUAAACACACUAUGCAGCAUGCUGACAGUGUCAGCAGUGUGGACAGCGCAGGGAGUGGUUCUGUGCGAAGCUUAAAGACGGGAGUUGGAGAGUUACAGGGCAACACUCGCUUCUGGCAUGGAAAAGACUACUGCAACUUUGUGUACAAGGACUGGAUCCAGCUGGAGAAACCUUUUGAUGACUUCAUCGACAGAUACACCACUCCCAGAAUGCCUUGGCAUGACAUUGCCUCAGUGGUUCAUGGCAGAGCCGCCCGGGAUGUGGCCAGACACUUCAUUCAGCGCUGGAACUUCACUAAGAUCAUGAAGCCAAAGUAUCGCUCUCUGUCUUAUCCAUUCCUUCUGCCCAAGUCUCACUCCAGUGCCAAUGAGCUCAGAUACCAAGUCCCUGACUGUGUCGAUGCCAAAGUGCAGGUGCUGCGGUCAGCAGCAGACUGGUCGGCAGGCAUAAAGUACCACGAGGAGUCCAUCCAUAAUGCCUACAUUCAGGUCAUCGCCAAGAGCAAACACUACAUCUACAUAGAGAACCAGUUCUUCAUCAGCUGUGCAGACAACAGAACGGUCUACAACAAGAUCGGAGACGCUAUCAUCGAAAGGAUCAUCAGGGCACACAAGGAGGGUAAGAAGUAUCGUGUCUAUGUGGUCACCCCUCUGCUUCCUGGCUUUGAGGGAGACAUCACCACAGGAGGAGGAAACGCCAUUCAGGCGGUAAUGCACUUCAACUACAGAACCAUGAUCAGAGGAGAGUACUCCAUCAUCUCCCAGCUGAAAAAGGAGAUGGACGAUCAGUGGAUGAACUACAUCUCCUUUGCUGGUCUGCGGACUCAUGCUGAGCUGGAGGGACGCCUGGUCACAGAGCUCAUCUACGUCCACAGCAAGAUGCUCAUUGCGGAUGACAACACAGUCAUCAUUGGUUCUGCUAACAUCAACGACAGGAGCAUGCUGGGUAAGCGUGACAGUGAAGUGGCCGUGAUUGUUGAGGACUCUGAAAAGGUGGCUUCUGUGAUGGAUGGACAGGAGUAUGAAGCUGGACCCUACGCACUCCAGCUACGCCUAGAAUGCUUCAGGACUAUCCUUGGAGGUCACAGUGACACCAGCAUUGACCUGUCUGACCCUAUCAGUGAUCGUUUCUAUAAGGAGGUGUGGAUGACCACAGCUGGCCGCAAUGCCACCAUUUAUGAGAAGGUAUUUCGCUCCCUUCCUUCGUCUCUGGUGAGGAACAUGUCAGAGCUGGAGCAGUACCAGUCCAAACCAGGCUUGGCCCAGACUGACCUGGCCCGCGCUCAGGAGGAGCUGCGCAAAAUCCGAGGCUUCUUGGUUCAGUUUCCUCUGGACUUCCUGUCUGAGCAUAACCUUAUGCCCUCUGUUGGAACAAAGGAGGCCAUGGUCCCAACUGAGAUCUGGACAUAAAGGAUGUGAAACCACUGCCACACACUUACACACCUGAACUGAACUGUUUCAUCUUGAGUAUGUUACCUUGAGAGAAGUCUCGAAUGUGUAACAUUGGAUUUGCAAGAGAUUGCCUUUGAUGAUGUAUAUAUUUAUAAUCUAGAGAUAAGAGGCAGGUUUACAGCUCUUCUCUUCUGGAUCGAUAGGACUGCUGGGCAUUGACGAAUCUCUCAAAACUGUUUCUACUGAAAAACACUAAACUGAGGUUACAGCUUAAAAGGGUAAGCACUAUGUUUUGGAAUGUAUGAAGAACAAAAACAGCAACGGACAACGAUUAUAACUUUGUGUUGCGUUGUGACUGCAUUGAAAUUGUGGAGACAGGCACAUGAACCAGGGGAUUUGGGAAUCAAACUCAGUUGUGGACACUUACAGCUUUGGACUGUUGAAAAUGCUCACAAGACAGAGAGGAUUUCUAAGGGACCAGGGUGAGGCACCAGUGAAAUCUUAGCCAGCAGUGCUCAUAAAUAUUCAGCUCAUGGUUAGAGAUAUAACAAAAUACGUAGAAAUGGUGAUGCAUGUGAUUUACUGAGUUUUUGAUGUAUACUCGUAAGGUGCAUUAGUGCUAAAUACGCUGUGUGUGAGCUCACAGAAGAGUUGUUGAGCUUGCGUAUGUGCUGCUGUAGACGAGUUUAAAUUCUUAUUAUCUCAGAUGUAUCUUGUGGAUCUUUUGUAAUCCAAGACAUGUGCUUGCUCUUGCAUUGUGUUCACACAUGCACACAGACAAUUUUACCGGUUCAGCAGUGGUGCAUGAUUUACUAACUAUGCUCAAAUCCUGUUAAAAUGAUUGCCAUGAUGCAUGUACCAAUCACAACUCUGAAAAACCCCAUCAGAGACAUUAUAUUUAUUGUCAGAGGUGUUUUGUGAGAAAUAAUUAUUGAUACAUGAGAUAAGAACUUUCUGAACUGCUGAAAUCAAAGUGAAUCAAAGCGAACUGUGUUGAGCUGACCGGGAAACAGAAGCUCAUUCAACCCAGUCUGUCAUGCUGUGUUCGGAAAUGAUCAUGGCUAAGGGAGUAAGAUCAAAAUGAGAAGGGUUGUGCUGGUGGCCCAACAUCAGAGGCUGUGCGAGACAAUCUGCUCACAAAUUCAUUGAAGCAAUUUCCUCUUUGCUCAACAGAUGGUGCUAGCUUCUUAAAAAUGCAGUCUGUAUACAGUAGUGGAACCGUUUGAGAUCUCCUGUCCGUUUUUCUCAGUCUUAUGGCGAAGGCUUUUGAUUGGGUGCAGAAAUACGGACUUUGAAACAAUGUAAACAAUGAAGAUAAAAACAAUAUUUUAAACGAAGUAUGCAGCUGAUGCCAGAAGCAGAGCUUUCAAAUGAAGAUACAGUUUGCUUGUUAUGUUUCCAGUUUUCUGGGAGUUCCAGGUGUGUUUUGUUUUCUCAUGGUAUGUGGCCUAUGAAGCAAGUGACUUAUUUUGUAUACGUAAAUGUUUAUGUUGACUAAUUUGUUUUCAUUUUUAACCCCUGUGUCUGUGUCUUGUUUGAUCACGAAGCCCCUUAAAUGUGAAGUGAAAUAGCCACUCCUUUGGAAUCCAGCUACGCUCAGUAAUUGCAACAAACACAUAAAAGGUUACAGGAGAUAACUGGUUAAAGAUCUUCACUAAGGCUCUGAAAAAAUAAAGGAUGGCUGCUGGAAAGGUUUGUCAUUUGGCAGAGAUCCUUGCUCUUCUCAUGAAAGGGCAGUACCUGCAAAUAACUGGCAUUUAUUUAACAGAACAACAAUGAUGAAUAGAUAUUUUUUUAAUGGGACCAGGAAAUUGAUAGAAGUCAGCUGAAGCGACAGAGUUUGGAAACAUAAUGCACUUUGUUUCUACAAAGACAAAUAAUUCAAACGGUUUUUCUUUUCAAUUUUUAUUGAUUUUGACAAUAUUGCCCGCAUUGUUUACCCUCGCUAUCUUUGUCAGUGUGUUAUUUAUGGAAUAUGAAUCAUUGAACAUUUAUUGUUUAAAUGUAUGGCACGGUUCUAUGGAUGGUUUUGGAUUUGUAAUUAGGCCUCGGUUUCUUUAUCAUAACCAUCAUUCAGCAGUUUUUUUCUAUGGACUCUCUGCACCCUCUGGCCUCAGUUUAGCUGGUCUUGCUUCCGCUCUGUUUAUGUACAUUUUAUUUGUACAGUUGAAGGUAUUUACAAUUUCUAUUUGUUCAGUUAACACAGUGUAACUCAUAAUUUGGCUAAUAAAUAAAAUAAAAUUAUCUUUGGAGUAUUUGUUUGUUUCAUCCUGGGAAAAUAACAACAGUAGAUUGACUAACAUAAAAUCCACCACCGGUGCCAGUUCUUAAGUAACCAGCUUUUAUGUAAAACAACCAGGAAGUUUUAGUGUGGUACCAGGCUGUCAUACCAUGUAAUCAUGGGCUUAUGUGUGCAAUAAACUCUGCUACAGUGGUUAUAGUGUUGGUCUUCAACACAAUCAAAACACUUCAUGCAAACACAGAAUGACACCUGUUGAAUCUCAACAGACCUGAUUCCUUAGAAUCCUCUUGCUUACUUUAUGGUUCGUGAGAACGUCUGAUCAGAAAUAAACCCUUCAAGUGCAUGUUUCAUAGAUGGUGAUUGAUUGAAAUUAGACUUGCCAGAGAGGUUGUCACUUUGGAAUGUUUGGGAGGAGUAUUUCUCUGCAUUAGAUAUGCCAAGGAAGAAAAUUUUAUGUCACUGACAUGUCUUUGGCAAGCAGUUUUACAAGUUCUAGUAACAGUCAACCCAUACAUCUGUUGAAACGGAAAACUGUUCAGAUUAUGGAUUUGGAUUCUUAAAUAAUGUUUGUCAUUUAAGUGUUUCACAGGUGCAGAAACCUUCGAAAGCUGCUUCUGAUUGUUGUAUAGGUAUAGAAAUAUGUUCUAAUAUUGUUUCAUCUCAUUGUUUCAACUGUCAUCUCUGCAUCUACGGUGAGGAUAGAAAUAUUACCCUGCACAGAUUUGUUUAUUUAAUCUGACGUGUGUGGGGGGGACUCAAGUAAAGUACGGGGACUUCAAAUUGUACUUAAGUACAUUACUUAUGUAAUUGUACUUCAUUAUAUUCCACCAGUGGUCAGGAUGUUCCAGCGUCUGCUGUUUCAUUGUUGACCUUUCAUUUAAAAAAAAAAAAAAAAAUCCAUCUCUUGUGAGUCUCCAGACUUUAUGAAGGUGCGGUACUAAAUUGUGGGAGAAACUCAUAAAGAUGAAAUCUAAUUUGGUUGUCAGAGGUGGGCAAAGUUACAAGAGCAUGUGGCAGUAAAAUGCAGUCCAAUUCAGCAGCCCUGCAACAGCCUUCAUAAAGCUUAUACCCCCAAUUUUUUUAUUUUU